UAUAAAUAUAAGCCGCAAUUGCUCGGAUUAGUAUUAAGUAAUAAUUUGAAAUUGUAAAAAGUUCAAUAUGUUUCUCAAAUUGGGUUUUUUUGUUCUGUUCAUUUGUGUGCUAUCCCAGCACACUUUUGUUGAUGCAAAUGAUCACACCAUUCCUGGGAAUUUCUUACGACGAAUUGGAGACUGGCAACAUGCUCGAGGUGACGCCUGGGACCGCAAUGCUCACAUCUGGCACAUUUUCGACAAAUCUGACGAACCCCGAGAAACUAAAAUCGGCAGCUUGAAACACGCGUUUGGUGACAAGACAUACAGAUUUGCUGACAAGGUUGACAGCUUGACUCUACUACUAAAAGAAAUGUUUGGACAAGUAGUCCGAGAUUUAAAAACUAAAAGGCAAAAGAAUCCUGAACCAGAACCUACAGCUCCAACUGAAGACCCGUACUUGCCAACUACAUCUGUUUCAACAGGUCUUACUGAAAACGUUCAACCUCCAAACAUAGAUUCAAUGUUCAAUCCUGAAGAAAUUCCAUUCCCUCCAGGUUUUAAUCCAGCACCUCCUCCAACAAGCGACCCUUCGCCUCCUAAACCUAAUCCAACAACUCCUACUGGAGGUCCUUACUUCCCAAUUUCUUUAGGAACGACUGUUAAAGGAGACCUUCCAGCUACUACAUCUAGCAUCGGAAAAUUGGUGCUCAUUGACAGUGAAGGAAAGUCUACGGAUCUGACUCCUAAACAGGUCGUUAGUGUUGGAAAAUACUUUGAUAAUUUGUUGAAUGGGUCUAAUUGAAUUGUUAUGUGAUUUCUUUCAAUAAAUGUUAUUCAUAUUCUA